UCGGCCGGAGGGGGUCGCGGUCUUCCUCGUCCACAAAAAACAUCAAGGCCCGGGGAGCGGGAACGGGAACGGGAACGGGAACGGGAACGGGAACGAGCGCAGAAAUCAUGGGGACACUAACGUGUCCGAGACAUAUGUUCCUGUGGGGCCUGAGCGCAGUUUUUCUGUUCGCGUUCGCGUCCCUCUACGUCCAGAUCCCAGGUCUCUAUGGCAACGAGGGCAUCCUUCCGGCUCGCUACCAAAUGCGCUUCACCGGGAAGACCCUGCUGGAGCUGCUCAGAGAUUCCCCGACCUUGCUAUGGCUGGGCCCCCGCCUAGGCCUAAACACCCAGCAAGGCAUGGAGCUCAUCUGCCUGCUGGGGGUGCUGCUGUCUUUCGGGGCCAUGGUGAUGAAUCCUCUCCGGGACAGCCUGGUGUUCUUCUGUCUGUGGGCUCUCUACCUGUCUGUUUACCAGGUGGGUCAGGUGUUUCUGUACUUCCAGUGGGACAGUCUCCUGCUGGAGGUGGGAUUCCUGACGGUCCUCGUCGCUCCCUUAAACCUGCUGAGGCAGACUCCCUCCCGACAUCACGACGCCAUCACCUUCUGGCUCAUCCGCUGGCUGCUCUUCCGCCUCAUGUUUGCAUCCGGGGUCGUCAAGCUCACCAGCCGAUGCCCGACCUGGUGGGGCCUCACAGCUCUGACGUACCACUACGAGACGCAGUGUAUCCCCACUCCCCUCGCCUGGUACGCCCACCAACUCCCUGUUUGGUUCCAGAAGCUCAGCGUGGUGGCAACCUUCAUUAUUGAGAUCCCUGCCCCUUUCCUCCUCUUCUCCCCGAUCAGAAGCCUGAGGCUCGGAGCUUUCUACCUGCAGGUCUUGCUGCAGAUCCUCAUCAUCCUAACGGGAAACUACAACUUCUUCAACCUGCUCACCAUCAUCCUGUGCUUCUCUCUACUGGAUGAUGACCACAUCAACUUCUGGCUGGGGUACAGAAAGAAGAUGAAAUGCAGAACCUGGAGCCAAGCUGCCCUGUCAUGGACCGCGUUCUUGAUUGCACUGACCGUCUACGUCUUCGUCGCCUACUGGGCGACGGUGUAUUUCGGACUGGAGAUUAACUGGGAGAAGAAGAGCCUGUCUUCCAAAACAGAGUUUACCUACUAUCAGUUUAACGGCUUUCUGAAGACUGUCAUCGCUUCCAGCAUUUGGCUUGGCCUCCUCUCCCUCUUCUGGGAAGUGGUCACGACUAUGUUGAGGUGUGCCUCUGUUCAAGGGAUCUUCUGGAAACUCCUCUCAAUUGCUCAGUGGGCUAUCUUUGCUAGUGCUGCAGCCACCAUGUUUGCCAUCAGCUUGGUGCCGUACACUUACAUCGAGUACGAGUCCAGCAGCAGCAUCUGGCCAAGCGUGAGAAAGGCCUACGGCACAGUGGAGCGCUACCAGCUGGUCAACUCGUAUGGUCUUUUCAGGAGAAUGACCGGGGUGGGCGGUCGUCCGGAAGUGGUGAUUGAAGGCAGCAUGGACAAGAACAGCUGGACGGAGAUCGAAUUCAUGUACAAGCCUGGAAACCUGAGCAGCCCCCCACCAUUUGUGGCCCCCCAUCAACCACGGCUGGAUUGGCAGAUGUGGUUCGCCGCCCUGGGACCCCACUCCCGGAGCCCCUGGUUUUACAGCUUGGUGCAUCGACUGCUGCAGGGCAAGAGGGAUGUGAUUGCGCUGAUCCAGCUGGAAGAGUCCCGGUACCCCUUCGGCAAGCAGCCCCCCGCCUUCAUCCGAGCCCACCUCUACAAGUACUGGUUCACAGAACCCAACGAGGAUGGCUCGCACCCGCAGCAAUGGUGGCGGAGGCAGUUCGUUGAGGAGUUUUUCCCCGCCGUUUACCUCGGAGACCCCGUCUUGGACAGCCUGCUCAGCCAGCAUGGACUGAAGGACAAGGUCCAAAUGCGGGAAAGACCUGAGACCCUGGUCCCCCGAGUCCUGAGGCUGAUCAGGGAACACGUGCGAACACUGUCAGGGCCUCUAGUGCUCUGGUCCCUCUUCAGCACAGCGGUGGCCAUUUGCCUGGUCAAGGGGCUCUUUUCUAUGCCCCCCAGGGACAGCAAAUGUGAGCCCUCCCCUACGGAGCCGAAGAGCCGCAAAACCGAGGAUACAGCGCCCCCUGGCGCCCAGGGGGACAAGUUGCAGAAGGACUCAGAAUCUCCACACAGACCUGCUGAGGGGGAUGGAGGGAAAAAUUCGCAGCGGAGCCCCAGGAAGCAGAAAUGAUGUCAUUGUAUCUUCUCAUCACGCCAGCAAUAAGGUAGUGCAAGAGAUGUGUGCCGUUGUCCAGCAACGACUCGGGUGCCAAUUUUGAGCCAAAGCGUAGUUAGAAAUUUCUCACACUCGCAGCGAUCGUAUAUUGGAGUCGUUAUUAAAGUCUUGGGUUUUACCAAAUGCCUUGAGGAGUGGGAUGGAGAACGAAUUCCUCCAUAUUCCGUACUCUGUUUUUUGCACACGUGUGAAUUCACUCAAUGGAUCAGUUGGUUAGAUCAGGCUGCUGUAAUGCGUCUUUUCUUUUUGUGAAAUAUGCAAGAAUGAUGACCACUGAAAUCGCCAAGUUUUGAUUUCUUUGUGAAGUUUCCUGUGUGAACGUUUGCCUGUUUCCUAAGUAUCUUUCCCAAAAUCUGCAUGUGCGAUUAUAGAUUGUGUCUGUGAUUUGAAUGUGACUCAAUGCGACCGAUUGGCUUGUAUUUUUUUUUUUUUUUUUUUUUCCUUUCUUCUUCUUCACUGGUAUUGGUCACAACUACACCCCAUAAGACGGUUUUAAAUUAAAACAAAUAUUAAGAUUGAAUUCUGAAAAUCAAGUAAAACAAAUGGUCUAAUUUCAGGUAUUAUUCUGCUUUAAAGUCUCAAAUUGCUGUACUUUUGUUUCCAGGUUUAGGAAAUUCUGAAACGUAGUGUGCCUUUUCAUGGAUUAAAAGUGGAC